AUGAACAAAGAUUUGAUUUCAUGGCUGAGUAGCUUUAUCAGCCUAAGUUUUAUUUUGCAGGUUAAAAAUCCUGUGCACCGUUUUAAGUUUCACUCUUCCAACUUUCACCUUUCAGAAUCAUGUCAAGUCGUCAAGGAAACGAAAUGUCUAUUCAAAUCAUGCAUUGGGCCAUACUCACUAGAGGCUGAAGAUAAAACGCAGUUAUAUCAGCCAAGAUGGCGUCCACUUUUGUCACAGAAUAUCUCAGCUGAGACAUUGAACAAGGUCUGCCCCAAGCCCUGGCGUUAUUCUACAGCAGAACAAACCAAAAGCCUUCCUUUUUGGGGAAAACUUUAUCCUCUUUAUAGUCAGGGUGGUUACUUAGCCGAACUGGGCUACGACAGAAAUUCUGCCACAAAAGUCAUCUCUGAUCUUAACAGGUUGAACUGGUUUGACAAGUAUACAAGCGCUGUAUUGAUCGAAUUUACAGUUUUCAACUCUCGCGUCAGUCUGUUUAGUGCAGUCCGGAUCACAGUGGAGUUCUCACCAUCUGGUUAUGUGGCUUCUGAUCACGUGAUUCACCCCCUUCACGUGUACAACACUGGAGCUGGUUAUAGUGCUGCUCAUCUUGUUUGUCAGAUAUUGUUUAUUUUGUUUAUUGUUUACUUCGUCUUUAAAGAAACCAAAGAGAUGAUUCAACAACCGAAACACUACUUCCGCCGAUUUCUGAACUGGAUUGAACUAGCUCAAAUCUUGACAGCCAUUUCCUUUGCAGUCUCUCAUAUUUUCAAAGGAAUAGAGCUUUCUCUAAUAUCGUCCAAACUCCAUGAAAAUGUCUUCCAGUUUAUAAGCUUUGACAAGGCAGUAUUACUCGAUGAUAUGGAGACACCAUUCUUGGCUUUAUUAAUGUUUUUCAACACUUUGAAGUUGUUGUAUUUGUUUAGAUUUAAUUGUCAUGUGAAACGUUUGUCUCAAGUAAUGAAGGCGUCUUUCCUGGGACUCGUGAACUGCUCAGUAGGAUUUUAUGUCUUUGCAUUCGCCUUCGCUCAUUUCGGAUUCAUUCAAUUUGGAAGGGAGCUAGAGGAGUAUUCCUCACUCUUAAGUGCUUUCCAGUCUCUUCUCGGUCAGGUAGUAGUAGGUAAUAGGGCUGCACAUCUCCAAGAUUGUCAUGAUGUCAUUGGUCCUCUUUUCUUCAUCGUUUUCAAUAUGUGUCUGCAAGUGAUAUGGCUUAACAUCUUCAUCGCCAUUCUUAUUCAUGAGCAUAAAACCGCCCUACAGUUCUUCAAGGGAAGAUUUAACCUCGGGAAAUUUAUGAUAAGGAAAAUCAAGGAGACACUGCACUGCAUAAGAGACAGGAAACUAUCUCCUAAGAGACUAGGCAACAAAAGGAAGAAAAGGGUGCACUGGGAAGACGAAAACGAUGCGGUUGAACUGGAUAACAACAACAAUGACAUCGGUAGCAGCAAAAGAACCGAAUGUAAGUCUCAGGAUGCUUCUUCAAAAGAGUUAGAAAAGUGCAUCACCGUGAUGAGUCUAAAGCUCAAUGACCUCUACACUGACGAGUUUAUUGAAGACAUUGAGGACAUUGAAUUGCUGAACCUCUGGGUAGAUGCUUGUGCGCGUGGAAGGAAUGUGUCUGAGGAGAGGAGGGCUGGUACCCAAUCAGAAGGAGUUGCACAAGCGAGGAAAAUGAAGAGUCGAGCUCCUUAA